AUGGCGAACAUGAACGCUCGUAAACAGAUGAUUUUCCCUGACGAGAACGCUCAGAUCCAUCGCAAAAAGUCUGUUACUGCUGCUUCUGUGAAACCCAGAGGAACUGUUCUUGGUCAGAAGAAACCAGGAGCUCGUAAGGCUCUGAAUGAUAUUACGAACAAGUCUGGGAUUCAUCCGAAAGCUUCUUCAAAGAACAAGCAAAUCGCUUCUUCUGCUGCUACUGCCAAAGCCCAAUUCAACAUAGCUGGGGAAGGGUUCUUACAUGAUCACAGCAAAUGCAUCAAAGAGCAGCGAAAUCUCUGGGACGAUCACUUCUCUGCUGAUCUUCUACUUCACAAUGAUUCCAGCACGAAGGCAAAACAUCACGAGUAUGACUUCGAAAUGUUUCGGAACUUAGAAAUGGCACCUUUUUGUGAGUUUAUCUUGUGUGUGUGUGUGUUUUGGUUUCAGAUGGAUGCUAAGAACAGUCUGACUUACGACGAAGCAGAAGAGAUUCCAUCGCCCGAGUUGACGAGUUGGCUCAAGAGCUCAACUCCACGGCGCUCCCCAGUCCGCCAUGGCUCGAUGAUGAUGCAUUUCACUCCUCUGGCUUGGCGUUUCGAUUCAGUUGAAUUCAAACUCAAAGAAGAAGACAAUGAUGACGACGUCCUCUUUUGA